CGCUCAGAGCUACAAUGUCUGAUAACUAUACAAGGGACUGCAGGUCAUUUACUGUGGACAUUGUCUUCACAUGAGGUUUUCUUUUCCUUUCGUUCAUCCACUCUUAAGAAAACAGAUUUAAUUCCACCUGAACCUAAGAUCACCACAUCUUCCAACAUGGAUAAGUUUCGUAUGAUGUUCCAGUUCCUCCAGUCCAACCAGGAAUCCUUUAUGAAUGGGAUCUGUGGUAUCAUGGCACUAGCUAGUGCACAGAUGUACUCCGCCUUUGAGUUUAACUGCCCCUGUAUGCCAGAAUACAACUACACCUACGGGAUCGGGCUGCUUAUCAUUCCACCGAUAUGGUUCUUCAUGUUGGGUUUUGUAUUGAACAAUAAUGUGUCGGUGCUCGCAGAGGAGUGGAAAAGACCCACAGGGAGACGGAGGAAGGACCCAUCAAUCCUUCGCUACAUGUUUUGUUCAAUCACACAGAGAUCCUUGAUAGCACCUGCGGUAUGGGUGUCUGUCACGCUCAUGGAUGGGAAGAGCUUCAUCUGUGCUUUCAGCAUCAACUUGGACAUUGACAGGUUUGGGAACUACAGCCUGAUGACUGGGAUGUCAGAGGCCGAGAAGAUAAAACUGCUGGCAAGGAUUCCAUGCAAAGAACUGUUCGAGCACCAGGAAAUAAGAGUGGCGGCGUCACGAUACAUCAAGUGUAUCUCACAGGCAUGUGGAUGGAUGCUUUUGCUCAUCAUGACCUUCACGGCCUUCCUGAUCCGAGCUAUUCGACCAUGCUUCACUCAAGCCGCCUUCCUCAAGACCAAGUACUGGUCUCACUACAUCGACAUCGAGCGCAAGAUGUUCGACGAGACCUGCAAGGAGCACGCCAAGAGUUUCGCCAAGAUUUGCAUCCACGAGUACUUCGAGAACAUCAGCGGGGAGAUGCGCAGCAUGCACCGGCGUCACUCCAGCAAGGACGAGAGCGGCGAUGAGGACGAAGACAGCAAGAGGAGCGAUGAAGAGAAGCUGCUGGGCAUCAGGGCCCAGGAGGACAUGAAUAAAGUUUUAUGGAACUGGCACACCUGUAAGCCGGCUCUGGCUCUCAGAAAGAACCAAACAGAUGGUGAAAACAAUGGGAGACUGAAUGGAGAGGCCAACGGAGCAGCAAAUGGCGUCGUGAAGGGACACACCCAUGACGUGGAGAAAAAGGAGUGGGCAGUGUAUUACAAUUGGAGGACGGAGGCAGCGAGGGAGGGCUGA